AUGCAAUAAGUUUAUAGAAGACAUAGUCAUUCAUCAAUUGAUUCAUAAGAAGAGUUUGAUAAUAUUUAUUUACAAUAAUAAUAAUAAUAAUAAUAAUAAGUGUUAAAUAAUCCUAAUUAAGAUCUUAAUGAAAUCAUUGUAAAAACAUUAUUGAGUGAAUCAGAAGCUAGAGAAUUAGAGGAUACAGUAGAAGAAUAGAAUAUUAUAACAAUUGAAUAGGAAAUUGUUGAUUAUGAUGCACAUUUGGAAGAAUUAUUAAAUAGCAUUCAUUUAAAUGUUUUACCUCGUUAAAAUUCAAUCUAAAUUCAAGAAUAUACAUAGAUACUACCAGUUGUAUUGUAGAUAUAAUCUAUAAAAUCAUAAUUAAAGAAAUAAAGAGCUAAUAUAGAUUUAAUGUGUGUAGUAGAUGUAAGUGGUUCAAUGGAAGGAGAAAAGAUAAAAUUAGUACAGAAUUCUUUGAGAUACAUUUAAAAGAUAUUAAAUCCAACUGAUAGAAUUGCUUUGGUGAGUUUUGCAACUUAAGCAGGCAUAAAUUUAUAAUGGNAUUAUUUAAAUUUGA